AACCACUGCACAUCCGGUAAGGUCAAAAACACCGCUCGGGUCAGCUGUUGGAGUGUCAAGAUGGCGGACAUCGGUCCCGAAGCAGAAGCGGCCGUUGUAACUGGAAAUCAGGAGCCCGGCGAGUCCUGCUCCGGCUCGCUGAGGCGCUGCCGUGGACGGCCCCGGCUCCCUGACUCGGACCGGGCCCAGAGGCGCUUGGAGUCGCGGAAGAAGUACGACGUGAGGCGGGUUUACCUGGGCCAGUCGCACCGGCUGUGGAGCGAGCUCCGGCGGAGGACCGGUCUGAGCGACUCGGGACUGGCCGAGUAUCUGGUACAGCUGGACGUUAGAUACGGGGGGAGAUACCGGGAGAGACACGGCGGCAAACAAUUGAACCAGGAGGCGUGCCCAGUGAAACAGAAACAGAGGGAGCAGUGCGAUGUGAACUGUCUGCACAGCCUGGUGAGCUGGUACGAGGAGCACCGGCUGACCUGUCCUCACGAGCCGCAGCUCCGAUCCCUGGAGCCGGGGUUGGGCUUCUCCACCAGCGCGCUGUGGCAGUGCCAGGGAGGACACGGCUUCCACCAGCACCUCUCCUCACCGGACAGGGAGGCCAGCGACUCGGAGAACGAGAGCCACACCGACGGGGCAGCGGGAGGGAAAACGCCCCAGAGCCAGAGGAGGAAACGGGGGUCCAAGCACAGUCGAGACACGACAGAAAGCGCGGAGGACUCGGAGCGCUCGGAGGACUGUGGCACGACGGAGGUGGAGUGCGGUGACGUCCAGAUCGCGGGAGAGACGCCGGCACAGUCCCAGGAAACCGAUUUCAGACAGCCCAGCCCAGCGCGCCUUCACGAGAGGGAGGCGGGGAUCGAGGGGGGUGGACAGGUCAACACUGACCAGACCCUGGAAAACCACACCUGCAACCAGCAGGGGGAAGCUAGCAGCAUUGCCGUACUGCCGUCCGAUACUAACUUUGUGGUGGUGACGACUACCGAUCCAGAGACAGUCCCGGAGGACUCCAGCAGGGGGCACUCUCCUCCUCCUCCACCACCCCCUGCCGCUCCCCUACGACUCGCCAGCCCAGGGGAGCUGUAUGAGCAGCAGACUCUGGAGACAGUGGUGGCUAGCUGUCAAAUUGCAGAUGGAGAAGGCUCUAUGGAGGGCUCACAGGUCAUUAUCAUCACAGGAUCGAGCUACGAGGCGCUGGCUUCGGAGGGUAUCCACCUGGAUGUGGGAGGAAGCGGGUCGGAGGGCGUGAGCUGCACAGUGAUAGAGGGGGUCACAUACAGCCAUGUCUGUGAGACUGGCCCGGGACACUGCGACAGCAUGCACUCCAUCAGAACCAUCGCAGAGAUUGAGAAGGAAGAGACCGACGAGAGCCUGGGGCUGCUGGAGACCCCCGAGAACACAUCCGAGGAGAGGGAGAUGCAGACCGGCUCACGCAGGUCCAAGAGGAGCCGCAGAGGUCCAGUGAUUGAAGCGGACGGCAUGCUGAAGAUGUUUCAUUGUCCGUACGAAGGCUGCAGGCAGGUGUAUGUGGCAAUGAGCAGCUUUCAGAACCACGUGAAUCUGGUUCACAGGAAGGGCAGGACGAAGGUGUGCCCUCACCCUGGCUGUGGGAAGAAGUUCUACCUGUCGAACCACCUCCACCGGCACAUGAUCAUCCACUCCGGGGUCCGUGAUUUUAUCUGUGAAACGUGUGGGAAAUCCUUCAAAAGGAAAAACCACCUGGAGGUGCAUCGAAGAACUCACACAGGAGAGACGCCACUGCAGUGUGAGGUUUGCGGGUACCAGUGUCGGCAGCGCGCCUCUCUAAACUGGCACAUGAAGAAACACAAACCGGAGCUGCAUUACAACUUCACCUGCGAGCAGUGCGGCAAGAGGUUCGAGAAGCUGGAGAGCGUCAAGUUCCACAAACUCAAGAGCCAUCCGGACAAGCAGGCGGUGUGAGAGACUACGGGCAGGGGCCUGCAGACUUCCUGGAGAAACAGGCAGGGCUGUCUCUCGCUCAGGAUCCUGCAGACUCCCUGGAGAAACAGGCAAGGCUGUCUCUCGCUCAGGAUCCUGCAGACUCCCUGGAGAAACAGGCAGGGCUGUCUCUCGCUCAGGAUCCUGCAGACUCCCUGGAGAAACAGGCAGGGCUGUCUCUCACUCAGGAUCCUGCAGACUCCCUGGAGAAACAGGCAGGGCUGCCCCUCUCUCCCUUACUGUUUUGCACUUGAGACCGCAGGGCGAAGAUUAAAACCAGGCACCCCAGCAGACUGUGAACCUGGUGGCUCAGCUCUGAAGCCCAGCUGUGUCUUGGACGAGCGCUGGCAGUCUUGGCUCUUGCAUGCAGGCUGUUCAGCGCUGGCCAGAUUAUGAGAAGAAGAAAUUAUCAGCGAUGUCGAAAUUGCAGAUUACACAAAUCUAAAUAGAUCUUCAGUCUCUGCAAGGGACUGACUGAGAGAGACGGUCUUUAUACUAAGCUGCUGUGCACAAUAGUGGGUAAUGCAGUUUGCAGCAUUCCGAUCGUAGAUCUGUUUAUUUUAUCAGGAACGUGUGUUCGGAUGCCAGCUCGGAAAGUGGGAAUGGCUGGCCGGGUUUAUCCGAUACACCUCGUCUCGGAUCAGCGUUCCAGACUGAAGCGAGGGGCUGGUUCCAGCUUUUUUCCCUGUUUUUGAAUUUGCACCCAAGGUAGCAGGGAAAAGGAAAAAGGAAAGCUUUGAUAAGGCAAAUUCUCCAACACAUCCCAGCAAUGGAUUUUUGCUCCAACCCUAGCAGUGACCUGCCACUAGGGUUGCAGUAAUGAUCCACUGUUGGCAUGUGUUUGAGAAUUAGUCUCGCCUUCGUUAUUUGCUGUAACUGAAUGUUCUCGAUGAGCGCACUGUAGUAUUGGCGAUAGUCGUCUAAAGCUGAGAUCAGUGCCACUGCUACCGACCAGCCAGGUCAAGAACUGGUUUUCAAUUCCUUUUUAAAAUCCGUUCCCAAUCCCUUCGAACGAAUCGGAAUUGAAGUUUUAGAGAAGUAAUAAGUGUUGCGAUCGCUCAGCUGCUUUCAUUGGAGGCCAGUUUAAUUGACUAACAAACAGUGCCUUCAACUGAAGUCGUGUGUUGCCUCUGUGAGAAGCUCAUUGUAACAGAAUGCCACGUAAUUGAGCUGCUUUAAUGACUUGGAUUCAUCAGUGCCCUCUGUUGGGGGAGAGAACAGUAGGAUGGCUUCAAUUAAAAAAAAAAGAAUAGGAAGUCACAAUCAGUGGGGAACAGGGUUGAUGAUAAUGACCAGGAUCUCUUGUAGAAGAGUCACUGGAAAUGUCAUUUAUCAUCAAGCCCUAGUCGCCAUGCAACUACAGUAUUUUUGAAGCUCUCUUUUACAUUGAAACAAAUUGAAUAUAUAUAUAGAGAGAGAGAGAAAAUGCUGUUUACAUUUUAAUUGAAUCAGAUGAGUUUAAGAGCUACCAGUAUUUUUAGAUCAGGGGGACACCCUCGCUAAAUCUGCUGUGAGAGAGAGUGUUUGUACAUAUUAACGGCAGUGGAGAAUUCCUUUUAAAAAAUAGCGUCCUCAGAGUUUAAUGGGCUGUAUUCAUUUACAUCUUCAAACAUCAAAUCUGUACCAUAUCCAAAAAACAAAAUAAAUCCACAGAUCUCACCCGUGAAGGACUGAAAUGUGCAGUUUUGAAAGAAACACAGUAAGCAUGUACUUUCGUUUUCGAAACAGACACCUGGUACUGUACUGAGUUCUGAGUCUUCCAGGAAACCUGUUACGCUUCUCUUCCUUGGGGGACGCAUCUGAUUGGUUAUAGGCACGAAAGAAGCCAGUGAAGGGGUGGGGACAAUUUCACCCUCCAUGUGACACGGGAAGUACAAGGCCGUGUGAAAGCAGGGCUUGCAAACAGAGAUUCCCUGAAACUGCAGCUUUGAUCAGUGAGGAGUAGGAAUUGAUUACAAGGGAACAGGAACUGGGGAAUUGGUUUUAAAUUGGAAUUGAAAUCCAGGAAUUGACCCCUGACCCUGGUUGUGAUCUUCCAUUCUCUCUAUAGGACUCCAGUGUGCAGUGUUGAAAGAGACACAUGUUGUGUAUUUGGUAUAAUGACUGAAAGGCCAGUUCAGCUUUACCAAAAUGCAUUGUAUGCAAGAGGAAUGUUUAUUAAAAGUGGGGCUAUAGAGAUAUGAAGCGACACUUGUAUUGUAUUUUGCCACGUUACAGUAUUCUGGAUAAGGUCUGGGUGCAGAGUGGAUCGCAGACUGGACCCGGCUGCAGCCCCAGUUUGACACUGGGAACGAGAGGAGAUUGAGUUUCACACACUGGUUUCACGGUACAGGUGGAAAUGGCUUAUGUUUGCCGUGUAAACUCAGAUGUUUGGCAGUUGGGUUUCCUUUCAGUCUGGUGUUUAGUUCGACCUUGUGUUUAUUCUCGUUGGGGAAUUAGCGUUGACGUUUCUAUAAAGUAUUUCUGUACCUUUUUUAAGCAGUGUAUGCACUAAAAGAAUGGAAAGCUGUGAGUUUGUUUUUGCAGUUAAUGUACCAUAAAAAAAAAUACUAAAUGUAAAAUACUUGUAUAUAAAGCCUUGUACAGAAUGGUCACAAACAAGUUAUGAAAUUGAACAAUAAACUUUUUUUUUGUA